UUUUCAAUGCAACAACAACAGCAACAACAACCAAAACAACAACAAUAAAAAGCUAGCUAAAUAUUGAAUUGAAAUAUAUGUAUAUUGCGCGGCCCCCGUUCGCGUUUGAGUUUGCCGCGGGCGUAACCUCUAACCUCGCCUGAUUACGCAGCACGCCGUCGGUUCCGUCGAUUUUUUUGGUUAGCCUGAUCUCUUUUUGCACAACAUCAACAGCAGCUGCUGCCAAAGUCAAAGUCUUCAUUUAGUUAUCAACACACAAAAUAUACGCAAUCGGCAAUAAACAGACACAGAAACAGAAACAGAAACAGAAACCGAACAGGCGCAUCCGCCUCUGGGCCUCUACUCUAAUGCCUUUAUCAGUAGCCACGCAUCUCUGGGCGCUGCCGUAGGGAACACACAUAGAGGCUGACCGGGCUGACUGGCUGACUAGCUGACCGGCUGACCGGCUGAGCGGGACCAAAGUGGACCUUUUUUCCCACUACCACUCAAUUUAAACAGAGUGCCAUUCUCUCGCGCUGUCUCGUAAAUUAAUGUCAUAAAUUAAUUUCGGGUUUUAACAUUCUGGGACUGACAUUUGCAACCGGUGUCCGCGUCGUCGGGCGUCUCUCAGACUCGUUAAACCGUAGUCCGUGUCGGUUCAGAAGCGUCAACUUUACCUGCCGCCACAUCAAGUCAAGUGUGUGUGUGCGAGUGUGUGCGAGUGUGUGCGUGUGUGCGCGUGUGUGUAAAACCCAAAUGUUCCUUAAAUUACCUUGAUGCUGAGCAAGAAUCAGAAGAAGAAAUUCAAAUUAAUAAAGCCAAUUAUAUAUAGUGAGAGAGAAUAAAUAAUAAAUGUUUAUAUACAAAAAAGAAAGCUUCCUUCGCUGACGACAACCAUUCACGAAAUGUUCAAUCUAUAAAAUUGAUGUUCAAAGUGUUUUUUUCCCGUUCAACAAACUUGCCCACAAAAGAUUUCGCAUACAACAACAACAACAACGAGAAGAACUGCAAGAGAAAAAGUGUCAAGUGUUGCAUAAACACAAUUGAAUAUCAUUUGGAUUAUUGGACCAAAGCCUUUGCAUUUGCCUUUGCGUUCAGUCGCUGCACCAACACAAAAAUCAGGAUACAAACAACAACAAAGACAACAGGAACAACAACAGCAACAACAGCAACAAUAACAACAAACAUACACCAGCCAGACAUCAUCAUCGUUGGAAAUAGACCUCGUGUCAUUCCAAAAGACGCACAUGGGCGUCUGCACCGAGGAGCGCCCUGUGAUGCAUUGGCAGAGCGCAAGAUUUCUUGGGCCCGGCGCAAGGGAGAAAAGUCCAACACCACCUGUAGCACAUCAAGGGAGCAAUCAAUGCGGCAGUGCUGCAGGUGCAAAUAACAAUCAUCAUCCAUUGUUUCGCACAUGCUCCACAUCAUCCUCGUGUCCCGAUAUUUGUGAUCACAGUACAAAGCCAUUUGGCAAUGCAUACGGCAGCGAGUCAUAUAGAAGCUAUGAAACCGCCGAUCGCGCUACAUUUGAGGACUCGGCGGCCAAAUUCUCGAUCAGCCGCAGUCGCACAGAUUGCACGGAAAUCAGCGACGAGACCACAUCGGGCAUAUCAUUCAAAACGGAGCCCUUCGGACCGCCAAGCAGCCCCGAGUCCACCAACGAUAGCAAAGUAACCCGCAAUCCCGACGAUUGCGCCGGCUGCGGCCGACAAAUACAGGAUCGUUUCUACCUCUCCGCUGUGGAAAAACGCUGGCACGCCAGCUGCUUGCAGUGUUAUGCAUGUCGCCAGCCGCUGGAACGGGAAUCAACAUGUUAUUCACGUGACGGCAACAUUUAUUGCAAAAACGAUUAUUAUAGUUUUUUUGGCACUCGCCGCUGUUCCCGCUGCCUGGCGUCGAUCAGCUCCAACGAGCUGGUAAUGCGCGCCCGCAACCUGGUUUUCCAUGUCAACUGCUUCUGCUGCACGAUCUGCCACACGCCGCUCACCAAGGGCGAUCAGUACGGCAUCAUCGACGCGCUCAUCUACUGCAGAACUCACUAUAGCAUAGCGCGGGAGGGCGAUGCCGCCUCGUCGACGAGCAUGAGCGCCACGUAUCCGUAUAGCACACAGUUUGGUUCGCCGCACAAUGACUCGUCGAGUCCGCAUUCGGAUCCCAGUCGCAGUAUUGUUCCUACCGGCAUCUUUGUGCCCACCACGCAUGUCAUCACCGGACUGCCGCAGCCCGCGCGCCAAAAGGGCAGGCCGCGCAAGCGCAAGCCCAAGGAUAUCGAGGCCUUCACAGCGAAUAUAGAUCUCAAUACGGAAUAUGUGGACUUUGGGCGUGGCAGCCACAUGAGCGCCUCGUCGCGCACCAAGCGGAUGCGCACCUCGUUCAAGCAUCAUCAGCUGCGCACCAUGAAAUCCUACUUUGCCAUCAAUCACAAUCCGGAUGCCAAGGAUCUGAAGCAAUUGUCACAGAAAACCGGUUUACCAAAGAGAGUCCUACAGGUUUGGUUUCAGAAUGCGCGCGCCAAAUGGCGUCGCAUGAUGAUGAAACAGGAUGGCAGCGGCAUGCUGGAGAAGGGCGACGGCACCUUGGAUCUGGACAGCAUUUCGGUGCACAGUCCCACAUCGUUUAUGCUCGGCGGUUCGAACAGCACGCCGCCGCACAAUCUCGACUAACAGCUGCUCCGGGAACGGGCACGGGAGCAACAACUGGAGCUGGAGCUGCAACUGCUGCAGUCGAGCGGCAAUGGACGCUGCUCGCCGGCGCUGCUGUCGUUGGCGGACCUGUUGAAUGGCAGCAACGAUUAGCUUGUACGAAUACUCAACAAAAUAGGAAGCACGACUAGCGGAUACCCUGAACCCAGCCGGACAACAAAUUCUAGCUAUCCCUUAUUUAAAAUUUCAAGUCUCGAGCUCUUAGAGUUGUCGAGAUCAAAGCUAAUCCCGAUCAAGAGGAGCUGCCUCCCGCUGCCUGUUACACACAUUUGCACAAAGCUAAUAUGCCCGUUUCAAUGGGGUUCAGGGUAUGAGUUGCAUGUAGUUGCACCUGAGACUGGAUUUCAUCUAACACCAGAACAAGGUUCUCUCUCUUAAGUUCAGAUCUAACGCACCAACAGGCCCAAAAAAAAUGUUGUUUCUAUUUCGAACGUUCAUUUGUAAAUAUUGUACUAGAACCUUAGUAAUAUUGCGCUUACCAGAAUAUUGUUAAUACUUAUUACAAAUAUAUAUAUAUAUAUAUAUUUGCAUAUAUAUUAUAUACAGAUAUAGAUAUGCAUGGGUUUAUAUCUGGCAUACGCAUUGAAUAAACAAAUCUAAUAUAUAAAUUUAAUAUUUAUUGCCCCCCCACACAUUACAUAGUUAGAGAUGAAUUUAGUUUAACGAAGCGCUCUAUAUAUAUAUAAAUAUAUAUAUAUAUAUUUAUCUGUCGUAGUAUUACGGUAAUUUACUUGCUUCGCAAAAAAGAACUUGAUAAUUAUUCGAGGCAAUGCAAUUUGGAAGCAAAGUGAAUUAACACAAAUUUGUACUUACAAAUAGUUUAAACAUAAGUCGUACCAUAGAAG